AUGAUCCUAUCUUUUGCUUCUUGCCUUUUAUGCCUUGCAACAGCUAACUUUGUCCAGGGAUCAAUAGAAAAUGAACGAAAGCCAUAUAUCGUGUACAUGGGUGAAGUACCUGAAUAUGGAGCCAGGAUUUCGGUCAUGGAUGAACAUGAUAUGCUGCUCUCUAAGGCAGUUGGAGAUGAGAAUAUAGCAAGAGAAUCCAAAAUACAUAGCUAUGGAAAGAGCAUCAAUGCUUUUGCAGCAAGGCUUUUGCCAGAUGAAGCAAAGAGAUUAUCAGAUGAAGAUGGUGUAGUGUCAGUAUUUGAAAGCUCAAAGCGCAAACUUCUUACAACAAGAUCAUGGGAUUUUCUGGGAAUGCCUGAAAGUUCUAACAGGAACGCCAUUGUUGAAGGCAAAAUCAUAGUUGGUUUAUUGGACACUGGUAUUUGGUCUGGAUCUCCUAGUUUUAACGAUACGGGUUAUGGACCUCCACCAGCUAAAUGGAAGGGUAAAUGUGACAAAGGGGCCAACUUUACUGGUUGCAACAAUAAAGUCAUUGGUGCAAGAUACUAUCAUAUAGACAACUACGGUCCUAAUCCCGAUGAGCCGACACCUGUUGAUACCGACGGCCAUGGCACCCAUACUGCCUCCACUGCUGCUGGCAUAGCUGUAAAGAACUCCAGCCUAUAUGGCAUAGCCAAAGGAACGGCUCGAGGUGGCGUGCCAUCCGCCCGUAUAGCCAUGUACAAAGUUUGCUGGAGCGAUGGAUGUAGCGAUAUGGAUGUACUGGCCGCAUUUGAUGAUGCCAUCGUCGAUGGAGUAGACGUGAUAUCCCUUUCCUUAGGCGGUGCCUCCAGGGAUUUUUUCAAUGAUUCUGUCGCUAUAGGAGCUUUCCAUGCGAUGAGGAAAGGGAUCUUGACAUCCUGUGCCGGAGGAAACGACGGCCCAAUGCUCACAACUGUUGAAAAUGUUGCACCAUGGAUCUUAACCGUCGCUGCUAGCAGCAUUGAUAGGCAAUUCACCUCGCUUAUUAAGCUCGGCAAUGGAAUGAUGACUUCUGGCAAUGGAAUCAACACAUUUUCGAUGAAAACCAAGAUGUACCCUUUCACGAACGGAGCCCAUGCAACCAAUGUUUCUGGAAAUUACUACGGAAAUGUCAGUGCAUGCGAUGCCGGAAUACUGGGCGAGAACAAGGUGAAAGGAAAGAUCGUGUAUUGCCUAGGGAAUUCAGGUCAAGAUUAUACGAUCAGAAUGCUGCACGGGGCAGGAACCAUAAUGGCAGUUGAUGAACCAACAGACUAUUACUUCCUCACUCUUAUACCUGCAACCAUUGUGCUUCGUAACAAGACCGGCGAUAGGCUCGAUCGAUAUAUAAACUCUACCAAGGACCCUCAAGCUGUCAUAUAUAAGACUAGAACUGUUCGUAUGAAAGCUCCCUUUGUAGCAUCUUUCUCAUCUAGAGGGCCUCAACUAACAAACCUCAACAUUCUCAAGCCCGACAUUACUGCUCCAGGAUUGAACAUAUUGGCUGCCUACACAAAACUGAACACUGUAACUGACGAAACAAUUGACCAACGCUAUUCGGCGUUUAACUUUAUGUCCGGCACAUCAAUGGCUUGCCCUCAUGCUUCAGCUGCUGCAGCAUAUGUCAAGUCAUUCCAUCCAGACUGGUCGCCUGCUGCAAUCAAGUCUGCUCUCAUGACUACUGCAACACCCAUGAAAAUCAAAGACAAGUAUGGGGAGCUAAGCUCAGGAUCGGGUCAGAUAAAUCCAGCUAGAGCUGUACACGCAGGGCUCAUCUAUGACAUUAGCGAGAGUUCUUAUAUAAGUUUCCUUUGUAAAGAAGGGUUCAAUAGCACCACCAUUGACCUACUCAUUCGAGGCAAGCAAAAAUAUAACUGCUCAAGCUUUAAACCUGCAUUAGGGUUUGACGGGCUCAAUUAUCCAUCCAUGCACAUCCAACUGAACAGUACCGAAUCGAUAAUUUCAGCAGUGUUUUACAGGAUUGUGACUUAUGUUGGAUUACGGAAUACCAAGUUCACGGCAAAAGUGACUUCUCCCAAGGAACUUUCCAUCACAGUUAUCCCGGAAACACUGAAAUUUACUAGGAAACAACAAAAGAAAUCUUUCAGAGUUUCGGUGAAGGGCGGUUCAAUGAAGAAUGGGACAGAUAUCCUAUCAGCUACGCUUGACUGGAGGAGUAACAAAGGGCACAGUGUUAAGAGCCCUAUUGUUGUCUUUAAACAACAGCCAUAA